AUGAGAACUUCCAAGGAAGGUGAAACUAUCUUCGAGAUGAACCCAAGAUUCACCUCCAUAAUCAACGAACUGAGAUACCUUGGUGAACCUAUUCCCUUACGAGAACAGGUUCGGAAGAUUCUCAAAGUGCUUCCCAAGUCAUGGGAAAGCAAAGUGAAUGCUAUAACUGAAGAAAAGGAUCUGAAGACGCUUUCCAUGGAUGAACUAAUUGGAAAUCUCCAAACUUAUGAGCUGAACAAGCAACAGUGGACAAACAUGAAGGAGGGAAAGAAGGAGAAAUCAGUAGCUUUGAAAACAUCUCAAAAUGAUGUGACUGGGGAGGAGGAUGAAAUGGCAUAUGUCACUAAAAGGUUUCAGAAGAUUAUUAAGAAGCAUGGAGGCUUUCAAAAGAAAGCUUCGACCAGUAAAGCAGCAAAUGCAAAUGAUCUUUGUCAUAAAUGUGGCAAACCUGGUCAUUUUAUGACGGACUGCCCCAGCCAGAAGCAGAAAACUCCGGACUUCAGACCUCGCAGAAGGGACCAGGUCCUAGACCAUGCCAAGAGGAAAUCGCAUGCUGAUCAAUUGGUGAAGAAAGCUUUGGAUGUAUGGGGAAAUGCAUCUAGCGAGUCUGAGGAAGAGAUAGACAGUCCAGAAGAUGUCAUGAUGAUGGUUGUGGAAGAUGAUGAAACUGUCUACAAUUCCAUUUUCUCACUAAUGGAAAAAUCUGACGAUGAGGAGGAUCUGAAUGAGGUAACCCUUUUUUAUCUCAAGGAUGAUCUAGAUACUCUUUCCAUUAAAAGAUUGAGAAAACUUGUUGCUCUAUUAAUUGACUCAGUUGAUAAACUAACUUCUGGAAAUUAUACGAUGAGUGACAUGUUGAAGUUGUGUGAGGACGAAAACUCAGCUCUCAACUCUCAAAUAUCUGAAAUGAGCGUUAGAAUAGGUAUCCUUGAGACCGAUAGUCUGGAACCCAAAGAGGAAUCUGGUACCUCUGAGGGUGGGAAGCGAAAACUCAAUAACUUUGAGGUUGAACUAGAAGAGAAACUUAAGACCUCUGAGUGUAAGUUAGUUGCCGCCCUAGAAAAGAACUCUCAACUAGUGAAGGAUCUGUGUAAGAUCAAAGAAGAGUUGAACCAAUCCCUCAAAUGGACUGACUCGUCUAAGAUACUCUCUAACUUAGCAAAUCAGAAGUUCAAUAGCAGAAAGGGAUUAGGUUGUAGACAGAUAGAGCCUCCCUACAAUCCUCAUAGUAAGUAUGUGUCUGUCUCUGACAAUCUUCUGUGGACCCACUGUCUGGAAAAAAAUAAGAGAGGAAGCAGUCAGUGCUGGUACAUGGAUAGUGGAUGGUCAAGGCACAUGACUGGAGACACUCUAAACUUCCUCUCUUUGGAAGCACACCAAGGCGAUGGUGUGUCAUUUGGUGGUCGAAAAAAGGGUUCCAUUCUUGGUAUUGGCAAGAUAGGGAGAACAGUUGAUCAUUCCAUAGACAAUGUACACUAUGUGGAUGGUCUGAAAUACAAUCUCUUGAGUGUAUCUCAAAUCUACGACAAGGGAAAUGAAAUCAAGUUCAUGUCUGAUAGGUGUCUGGUUACAAACUGUGCAACUAAAAGAGUUGAUAUGUCUUCCAAAAGAGUCAAAAAUUUGUAUGUUGCGGAUUUUGACUCUAUUGAAGGGGACAGUCUUUCAUGCCUGAGUGCUCAAACUGAUGAUGCAAAUCUAUGGCAUCGGCGAUUGGAUCAUGUAAGUAUUUCGUUAUUAAACAAGCUUGUUGCAGGGACCUGGUCCAUUGAUUGCCAAAGCUGA